GCAACUCAUUGCACGAUUUGCUUCGCAGUCGUUCGGAAGUGUUGUUUCUUACUCAGAAGGUUGUUCUUUUAUCAAAAUAAAACAUUUCCUUUUUUUUAAAUAAUAAUUUCUAAUAAAACGGAUGCUAUUUUUAAGUGGUUCUAUUUCGAAAGUCGCGAUUAGAAGAAAUAAAUAAACCUUUCUUAGAUUGUUCGCGGUGUCUUGAAAAGAUGAUGAUGGCUUGGUGUUUUUAACAUAAGGCGGCGGGCGGUUCGAGGAGAAUUAUUAUUGAGUUAAAAGGGUGGCAGAGGGUUGAAGAACGGAAAAAAACAACGUCUAACCAAAAGGCGGGAAUUACUCGAGUUUCUUUGUUUGGACAGCAAAAUAAUAAAACAAAAAAAACACACAUAAUAAUAAGUGAAUAUAUCUUUGGCCACCAUUAAUAUUGAUUAAAAUUUAUUGAUCGCUUGUGUGGAAAAUAUACAUUUGUUGGAAUUGGAAUAUAUGAAGUUAAAACAGUUCAUUUCAUAGCUACUCUACCCAUGGAAGUGUAUUUUUGUAACAUAUGUGCAGACGAAAAUAGGAAUAAUUUGAGUACAAUUAUUUGCAAACAAAGCAUUUAACUGAAUUUGUUGUAAUACAUAAGCUAACAAAAAAGAAACAAUUAUGACAGUUGAAAACUAUCACCUGAAAUGGGAUUCCCAUUUAACACACUUAAACACGGCCAUAUCAACUUUAUUCAGAAAUGAACGAUUUGCCGAUGUCCUUCUAUACAGCAGCAACCCAGAACCUGGUAUUCAAAAAAUGGGUAUUUCAGCGCACAAAUUUAUCCUCAGCUCUUCUAGCCAGUUCUUCGCUACAAUUUUUGACUCGACUCUACCAUCGACUUCGUCUACUGGAAUAUUACAUAUUGUUCUUCCACCAGACCUAACACAACGCACCAUUCAAAUUUUAGUUCAGUAUAUGUACAGUGGGGAAGCAACUGUCCCAAAUGAAGUCCUAAGUGAAGUUCUUCGUGGUGGAGAAUUAUUGAAAAUCCGUGGAUUGUGUCGUGCUGCUCCUCCCAAUAGCAGCUCUGAGGUUAAUAGCUGCGAUUAUUCCAAAUCAAAUCAUGGAGAAAUCAAUACAUCACGUUUUGCCAACGAACUUAGAGGUUUAGGUGCAUCUGUGCUUCCAGAAGAAAGUCCAGUUAUAGUUAAGUCGCCAAAACCACCGCAUAUAGGUCUCCUUCGAGUUGUUAAUUCGAAUUCUCUGGGCGGACGAAUAUCAGUGAACAAAGAUGUUGCCAUCGAUCCAGAACCCGUCGUCGAUGGAAAUUAUUCAUAUCCACCUGAAAUAAAUGCACAGUGUCCACCGAGUGUACGUGUUUCGUGCAGAGAAAGUGGCUGUUCUGGAUGUGCUGAAUCCUCAGAAAUAGACAGCCCCAUGGAACUAGCUCCAGCACCAAAACUAACAAUGCGAACGGAUCUACAUCACAAUAACCAUUCCAUGGAAGAAAAGUCAGCAGUUGCACAUAGUCAACCCUUUCGUCGAAUAAGUUUACCCAUUGACCCGUUGUCAACCCCAGAGGAACCCAUGAACUGCUGUCAUAUUAAAGAGGAACCAACCGAUUCAUGGCAUGAUCCGUCGGGUGGAGGUGAUGUGUCCCCAUCGUCGGCGGGCCUUCCGAAAAUUGUCCUCAAACUAAAAAAUCCACGCUCGGGGAUUCCAGCACCGAUAAAACUCGAGGCUCCAACAAGCGGCGAAGAAGACCUCAGUCAACCGCCAUUGGACAGCAUGGAUCACAUGCCCUAUACGCGGUUAGUGUGUGAUGUUUGUAAGACCUCAUUUGACGAGCCCAAGUCGUGGGUGCGACACAUGGAAAGCCACAUGGAGAAGCCCGAACCGGACAAGGAUUCUGACAAUUCUUCCAGUGCAUUCAAUCAAUCGUCUUCCACUUCCAAGUCGGUGUAUGUGCCAAAGAAACGAAGACGAAUGUCGCCUCAUCAAGUAUCAGGGGAUCAUGUAACACUCAUCUGCGACCUAUGCACAAUGUCUUUUACGACACCGGCUGAAUGGGUACGCCACACAAAUACUCAGCACACAGAAUCAGAAUUAGCCUUAUUCAAUAACCAGCGCAACGUAGUCCCACAAAAGUCAUCAUCCGAAACAGAAGUAGUGAGGUACAGUCGACGACACCAUCAUACGGGUGGGCUUUUCAAAGCGUGAGUUCAGUCAAAUGCCCGAGAUCGAGAUAGUCCUAAUUAUACUCGCGAAUCGCGUGACCGAUUAUCAGUUUAUCCUAGGUCAGUAAGAAGCUUUCAUCGUAAAACUCUACUAAGUCAAGCCAUGCGAACUCCUCCGGCUCGGGAUUUAGAUAAAAUUUGUGAUACAUGCACGAAAAGAUUUCCAACUACAGAUCUUAUGAUGGAUCACAAAAAAACUCAUCACCAUUGAGUUGAAAAAUGAUUGAAUACAUUUUUUUAAAAUAAGGAUUUUCGCGUGUGUUAAGUUAUUAAAAAAAAAAAAUUGUUAUGCACAAAAUUGAAAUGUUUGGAGUGACCAACGAAUAGUUUGCUUACAAUAAAUACAAAAAAAAAAAAACAGGAGUAUAAGAACGAAUAUAUGUAUGUAUGUAUUUAAGUAACUGUAACUGUAUACAUAAGACAUGCGAGGAUAAAAAAAAUAUUAUAUACUUGUACAUAAUUUACACUAUGAACUUUUUUCAAAUUCCAUUUAAAAGUUAUUUUUAUCUUAAUUAAAAAUUACAAAAUAAAUCUCUUUAAAUAUUUAAAUAAU